AUGAACACCGCCAGGGAAGAAAUAAGCUUGCUUUUAGCUUCUAUAUGCGCUCUCGAAAACCAGGUAGAUGCGGCGAGGGUGGCGUCUGACAAGAUCAAGCGCCAGCUGCUCCUGAACAAUUUUAUGCUGGCGGCAUCCUCACUCCCUGCUAGAGUUGUAACUAGGAAAAUGUGGACUCUCGUUAGGAAUGAGAGGUGGUUUGAAGACACAGUUCCUGGGCUUGGUGAUCAAAUAUUCAAGCAAUCCUACCGAGUCAGCCCUUCAACGUUUCGCUUCAUCGUGGAGAGGUUACGACCAGCUCUGGAGAGGACAGUCACCAACAUGCGCGAACCCAUUCCAGUUGACAAGGUUGUCGCCAUUGCUCUCUACAAGCUCUGCUCAUCGGCAGAAGACAGGACAGUGGCGCAUGUCUUCGCUGUUGGGCGUUCGACAGUCAACGGAAUAUACAGGGAAUUUUGCGAUGCCGUCAUAGCUGUUCUGGAACGAGACUGGCUCCAGAUGAUGACAGCUGAUGAAAUGGAGAACCACAUUCGUGAAUUCCAAGCAGUGUGCGAUUUCCCUCAAGGCGUAGGAGCCCUUGACGGCUGUCAUUUUCCCGUAUCACCACCAAAGGACGAUGCAACAGAUUACCAUAAUUAUAAAGGCUGGUACAGCAUCAUUCUCAUGGCUCUGGUGGACCACAAGUACCGGUUUAGAUACAUAAGUGUUGGUGCCCCUGGACGAUGUCAUGAUGCUCAUGUCUACCGAAGGUCACAACUGUCCCACAUAGUGGCCAGUCCCCUUUUGCAAGCUCCAGUUGCCUUGGUAGCUGGAACGGCAGUUCCACUUGUAAUACUCUGCGACCAGGCCUUUCCUUUAACAGCAAACCUGAUCAAACCAUUUGGACAUAACACGACACUGACUGAUGAUCAACGAAAUUUCAACUACCAUCUCUCACGAGCAAGAAGUAUAGUCGAAAACGCCUUUGGAAGGCUGAAGGCGAGAUUCCGAUACACAGCAAGAAGGAUGGACUGUGAUGUGAACAAUGCUCGCUUAGUCAUCCGAACAUGCUGCAUACUAAACAACAUCUGUGAAUACUUCAGUGACGACGUCCCUCAGCAGUGGCUGACUGAACUGCAGCAGGACAAUGUGGUAUUCCCUCAGCCAUCGUACACGACGGGAGCUGCAGUUGGAGAAGGUUCAAGUGUUAGAUCGGCUUUGGUUGAGUACUAUAGACAAAGGAACUGAGCUGACAGAGAAAAAUUCAG